CUUUAUAUAAAAAUAUGACAUCGGGCUCUUGAUGAAUAAUGAGCCAUUAUCAAAACUCUCUCAUGGUAUCAGAAGUACAAAUUUAGCCCACGAUUUGUUUGUUUCUUUUCUUAUUUUCGUUCAGUCAUGGCUUCUUAAUCUCUUUCUACCUCGGAACUUGUUACUUCAAUAAUUUGUUCUCUUCCAAUUUCUACACAAAAUAUCAGUUCUAUUAUUUCUACCGUGAGCACUACUCCUUUGGCGUCCUCCUUUUCUCUUCCUUCUGUGCCAUCUCCUUUGGUCUCUAUACCGACUUUCUUAUCUGGUUAGGCGUUAUCUACGUCUCUUGGAAAUAUUAUUGGCUUACCAUUUGUUCCUCCAUGCUCUACUAAUUUUGAUCCUAUCCUUUCUUCUACCUUUUCUUCUUCAGCGUCUCUUGCUGCACCAAAUAUUAUGAAUCUCGUUACCAUCAAACUUCAAUCUGUCGAAGACUAUUUGACAUGGAGAACUCAGUUUACCUCUCUUUUGAUUUCUCAUGAUUUACUUGGAUUUGUUGAUGGCUCGUUUUCACCUCCAAGUCAAUUUAUUUGUGAUUCUUCUGGAAAUCAGCAGCCUAAUCCCAACUACCGCUCAUGGAUGCGAGUAGAUCAAAGUAAUAUACACUCAAAUUUUUCAAGUACAAUUCAUUCAUAUCAAGGGGGUCGCGGCAGGGGUCGUACCUAUUCUCCUAGAGGUCGAGGCCACGGUGGUCGAGGUCGUGGCUCAACUAGCAGGUUUCAACAACAUCAAGGAUCUACGACAAAUAACUUUCCUCGCAACGGCUCUACUAGACAAACCACUACAGUUUUAUUGGCCACCAAGCAUUGCAAUGCUCAAAUCGUUUCAAUCAUGCUUUUGUUGCUAGUGAUCUUCCUAAGUUUUUUGCGACAAUGUCGGUUGGUGAAACAAAUGAUGCUACCUGGUACCUUGACUUGGCUGCCUCUGCUCAUAGGUAAUUUUUUACAUACAUCCUCUUACAAUGGUUGCGAUCGUGUUUUAGUUGGAAAUAGAGCUUUGCUUGAUAUUAAUAAAAUUGGAUAUUGUCGAAUACCUGCAGCAUUUCGUCAUUUAUAUUUGAACUCCACCUUUCAUGUAUCUAAUCUUAGUCAUAAUUUAAUUUUAAUUGUUCCGUAAUGUUUGACUCUUUUUCUGCUUCUGUUAAGUACAAAGUCACGGGCCAACCUCUUCUCCAGGCUUCCAGUAAAGGCGACGUUUAUCUUGUGUCCUCUUCAUCUACGCAUUCUUUUCCUCAUCCAUUUGUUGCUUUGCGUCAACUAGGAGAUAUAUGGCACCGUUGACUUGGCCAUCGUGGUGCUUGUGUCCUUGAUAGUCUUAGGAAAAAUAAUUUAAUUAGUUUGCUCAAUUCUUUUAGCAAUAGUCGUGUCUCUUGUCAUCUUGGAAAAUCUCAACGUUUGUCUUUCAAUUUAGUUGAUCAUUGCAGUUCCUCACCUUUAGAAAUUAUUCACUCAGAU